UCCAGUCGGGCAGAAUGAGCGAUACGUCAAACAACACGACGACCGAGGGCCCCGGUCGCAGAUCCAUGAAUUGCGAUGCCCUGAUCAAUCAUGUGUCCACGCACAAAAUCGACUGUGCUUUGUGGGCCAUACGAUUGUUGUCCAUCGUUUUUGCCAUAGGAUAUCUGAUUCCCGUUUUCGGGUCAUCCCAGAAUGCAUAUUACAAAGUACUGAUAGCUAAUGCUGCAAUCAGCGCCCUCAGACUGCACCAGAGGAUCGGAAGGGUGCGACUGUGUCGGGAGUUCCUGGCUGAGCUGCUGCUGGAGGACAGUUUCCACUAUCUAUUCUACUCGCUGAUAUUCUUGUAUGUGGCGCCGGUGACUUUUGUUUUGUUGCCAAUUGUGUUGUUUUCCAUUUUGCAUUUCGCCAGUUACUCUCUGACCCUGUUGGACUGUCUAGGCCAAAACUCAUGGUGGGGCGCUCGUUUGAUGAUAUCACUCGUCGAGUUCCAGUCAUUGAAUAUUUUGAGACUGGUCUCAUUUACUGAAAUUAUGUUGAUGCCAAUCACUGUUAUGUUGAUUUUGUUUGGAAAGGCAAGUCUCUUGACGCCGUUCAUUUACUACCACUUCCUGACCCAAAGGUACUCGUCAAGAAGGAACCCGUACACGAGGAACAUGUUCCGCGAACUCAGAGUGUUCUUGGAGAUAAACGCUCACAAGCCCACCACUCCCCAAUUCCUCAGACAAGCGAUGCUCUUCAUUGUGAACUUCACAUGCAAAUUGGCGCCGCCUCAAGUGCAACAGCCCCAAGCUCAGCAACAGUAAUUGUAGAAGGAUUAAUUUAUUUUUCAGAUUUUUAAAUCGAUUCAUUUCUUUUUUGAAAGUCUUCUUCGACGAAUAAGUAUUAGUACAAUUUUUUUUCGGUGUAUGAUUAGGUGAUUGUUUUUAUGUUUUUAAUUGUGAAGCACUUGUUUAAUUAAAUUGUUUGUAUUGGUUUGAAGUUGAUGGUGCUUCAAAUUGUUAUAUGGUAUGGACAUCACGUGUAUUAGAUGUUUUGUAUUGAAUAAAUUAUAAGUAUUGAA